AUGACUGAAAAACAUCAACAAAAGUUAUUAAGAGUUUGCAGAAUUUGUGGAAAUUUAACAGGAAAAGACUCUCUAACAACUGCCAGUAGGACUGAAAGAAUAUUUAAUGUUUUUAAAAUAAAUACUAAAGAAGAUUGUGUAGAGGUUCAUCCACCACAAAUGUGCCUAAAAUGUUAUUCAACUAUGAAGAAUAUUAAAACACGAGGAAAUAAACUAUCUAAGAUUAAACCAAAAAUUUGGUUAAAAUGUCCAACAAAGGAGUGUAUGUGUAUUUAUGGUAAGGUUGGUCGAAAACCAUCUCCAAAUGUUGGACGGCCAGGAGUUUUUAAAAGAUGGACACAACUAAAUAUAAACUUGUUUCUUGAAUCCUUGCCCUUACCUUUAAACAAAAAAGAAAUUUCUGAAUUCAAUAUUCAGCUAAACCCACAUAUAACAUUAUGUAUUUGUAAAGUUUGUGGGAGGAUAAUGCAUCAACCAGUCAUGAUCAAAGAUUGUCAGCACUCGUUUUGUAGUCAAUGUAUUAUAUCAAUUAUUAAAGGUAAGCUAGAAAAUGAAGCAAGAUGUCCUGUUUGUUUAACCUGCAUUAUGAUUAAUAGCCUUUGUAGUUCUGUUCAUGUAUUGGAGAUGAUUGAACAUUUGUAUAUUGCAUGCAAGAUUUGCGAAAAAAACUUUAUUAAAGACAAGUAUGAAAAUCAUGAGUGCAAAAAAGAUCAUUUAUAA